AUGGAGAUGCAACAGGCCCACAAAUCUCUCCUGCUGGAGAGGUCCAAGUGUCUGAUGGAGGGACUUGCACAUCAGGGAAGCUCCACACUGCUCAGGAAGAUCUACACUGACCUCUACAUCACAGAGGGGGGAGGAUGGAGUGUCAAUGAAGAACAUGAGGUCAGACAGAUAGAGAGGGCAUCCUGGAGAGAAGCAGCACAAGGCAGGCCAAUCAAAUGCAGUGACAUCAUGAACCGCUUAUCUGAAGAGGUCAGUGAGUUAUCUAAACAAGUCAAUCAGAUGACUGAGCAAGUCAAACCUAUUGGAAUAGUGCUGACAAAGGGCGUGGCUGGCAUCGGAAAAACUGUCUCUGUGCAGAAGUUCAUUCUAGACUGGGCUGAAGGGACAUCCAAUCAGGAUGUAGACUUCAUAUUUCCUCUUCCUUUCCGUGAGCUGAAUCUGAUGAAGGAGAAAACCAUCAGUCUACUUGAUCUCCUUAGGCACUUUUUCUCAUAUGUGAAGGAUCCAAGAGUCUUCACUAGUUUAGAGAACAGGGUCAUGUUCAUCUUUGAUGGUCUGGAUGAGUGUCGACUUCCCCUAGAUUUUUGCUCCAACCCAGAGUGCUGUGAUGUGACAAAGUCAAUCCCAGUGGAUGUGCUGCUAACAAACCUCAUCCAGGGCAAUAUGCUUCCGUUUGCUCUCCUCUGGAUCACCACCCGACCAGCAGCAGCCAAUCAGAUCCCUCCAAGGUGUGUGAACCAGGUGACAGAAAUAAGGGGAUAUAACGACCCACAGAAGGAAGAAUACUUCAGGAAGAAGCUCAGUGAUGAGAGCCUGGCCAGCAGAAUCAUCACUCACCUGAAGUCAUGCAGGAGCCUGUUCAUCAUGUGCCACAUUCCGGUCUUCAGCUGGAUUUUAGCUACAGUAGUAGAGAGAACAUCAGAUGGAUCAGGGAGUGUAGAGAUGCCAAGGACUCUCACUCAGAUGUACACACACUUCCUGAUUAUUCAAGACAGAAUUAAAAAUAACAAGUACACAGAGUCAGACAAGCGAGAUGAGAAGAUGAUUUUCAAACUGGGGAAACUGGCUUUCCAACAGCUGGAGAUGGGAAAUCUGAUCUUCUAUGAGGAAGACCUAAGGCAGUGUGGCAUUGAUGUCACAGAAGCAUCCGUCUACUCAGGAGUGUGUACUCAGAUCUUCAGAGAGGAGGCUGGGCUUUACCAGGGAAAAGUUUUCAGCUUUGUGCACUUGAGCAUUCAGGAGUUCCUUGCAGCUUUGUAUGUGUUUCUCUUCUUCAUCAGCAGAGAGAGAAAAAUGCCUGAUCAAACCUCUCAGCUCUCUGCUCUUCUCAGGGCGGCAACACUUCAUGACUUACUCAAGACUGCAGUGGAUCUGGCCUUACAGAGUAAGAAUGGACACCUGGACCUUUUCCUCCGUUUUCUUCUUGGCCUCUCACUGGAGUCCAAUCAGAGUCUUUUAAGAGAACUACUGCCACAGACCAGCAGACAACCACAAAACUCAGAGCAAACAGUCCAGUUAGUCAAGCAGAAGAUCAGAGGUCAUAGGGAGAAGGACAGAAGUGUCAACCUGUUCUACUGUCUGAAUGAGCUCAAUCAGCAUGCUGUAGUGGAGCACAUUGACAGGAGCUCAAGAACUCUGACUAUAGAGAUGCUCUUAGCAGGACAGUGGAAGACUGAGAAGUUUAAGUUCAUGACAUCAGAAGAGUAUCUGGAUGGGUUUGACCUGCAGAAGUACAUACUGACACCAGAGCUGGAUCAGACUGACCUCCUGAUCCCAGAGGACGUCCUCCAAAAGAUGAUACCAUCUGAUGUGUUCACAUCAUCCACUUCAGCAGAGCUGGAGUCCUGUCCCCUGUCAGUGCAGAGUUGUUCCUAUAUGGCCUCUGCCCUGACCUCACACUCCUCACGUCUCACACAGCUGACACUGAGGGGACCAGACCCAUCAUCAUCAUCAUCACUGACUGUGUCCUCCUCAGCUGGGUGUCAUCCAGACUGCAAGCCCAGGAAGUUGAGGCUGGUGCGGUAUACUCUGACAGAGGAGAUCUGCUCCUCUCUGGUCUCUGCUCUGACCUCAAACACAUCUACACUCUCUGGGGAACGCCUGAAGGAAGAGGAGGUGGAAAGAUUAUGUUCUACUCUUAGUCAUCAAGACUGCAGACUGGAGAAACUACAGCUGGAGUGGUGUCCCCUGUCAGGGCAGAGUUGGUCCUAUAUGGCCUCUGCCCUGACCUCACAGUCCUCACGUCUCACACAGCUGACACUGGAGAACACAGAAGCAUACCCAUCGUCACUGACUGUGUCCUCCUCAGCUGGGUGUCAUCCAGACUGCAAGCCCAGGAAGUUGAGGCUGAAGUGGUGUCCCCUGUCAGGGCAGAGUUGUUCCUACAUGGCCUCUGCCCUGACCUCAAACUCCUAUAGUCUCACAAAGCUGAAGCUGAAGGGCAGGUCAUCAUCAUCAUCAUCACUGACUGUGUCCUCCUCAGCUGGGUGUCAUCCAGACUGCAAGCCCUGGAAGUUGAGGCUGAAGUGGUGUCCUCUGUCAGGGCAGAGUUGUUCCUACAUGGCCUCUGCCCUGACCUCACACUCCUCAAGUCUCAUACAGCUGACACUGGAGGGCACAAACAGAUCAACAUACAGAUCACUGACUGUGUCCUCCUCAGCUGGGUGUCAUCCAGACUGCAAGCCCAACAAGUUGAGCCUGAGGGGGUGUGAUCUGACAGAGGAGAUCUGCAAUCUGGUCUCUGCUCUGACCUCACACACAUCUACACUCUCUGGGAAACACCUGGAGAAAAAGGAGGCGGAACGAUUAUGUUCAACUCUUAGUCAUCAAGACUGCAGACUGGAGACACUAGAGCUGGAGUGGUGUCCCCUGUCAGGACAGAGUUGGUCCUACAUAUCCUCUGCCCUGACCUCACACUCCUCACGUCUCACACAGCUGACACUGCAGGGCAGAUCAUCAUCAUCAUCAUCACUGCAUGUGUCGUCUUCAGCUGGGUGUCAUCCAGACUGCAAGCCCAGGAAGUUGAGCCUGCAGGGGUAUACUCUGACAGAGGAGAUCUGCAAUCUGGUCUCUGCUCUGACCUCACACACAUCUACACUCACUGGGGAAGACCUGAACACAGAGGAGGAUGUGGAGCGAUUAUGUUCAACUCUUAGUCAUCAAGACUGCAGACUGGAGACACUAGAGUAA